AUGGAAUUGAACGUCAAGAGUGGGGUCUUUCGUGCACUGAUAGCUGCGUGUAUUGUAGCCUCGACAUUAUGGCUUGUGGUGCAGGGAACUGGGACUGGCACAAGCUCCACCAUAUUGCAACGCCAAAAGGUGAACACCAAAGACGCUAAAAACGGUUACGUAUAUCGGAAAGUCGCGCGUCCUAAGUAUACGGGACCCAAAGAAAAAGCCACGUUUGUAACGUUGGCGCGGGAUGAGGAUCUCUAUUCGCUGUUGGGGUCGAUCGCCAGCGUCGAGGACCGUUUCAAUAGUAAGUUUCAAUACGACUGGGUUUUUCUAAACGACGCCGAAUUCAGCGACGAAUUCAAGCGCAUCACGAGUGCGAUGAUUAGCGGAUCUACCAAGUACGGGGUCGUUCCGAAGGAACAUUGGUCUUUCCCACCCUGGAUCGACCAGGACAAGGCCGCGAAAGUCAGAGAAGAAAUGCGCGAAAACCAGAUCAUUUACGGGGACUCCGUCUCCUACAGGCAUAUGUGCCGCUUUGAGUCAGGGUUCUUCUACCGACACGAGUUGCUGGAUGAUUACGAUUGGUACUGGCGUGUGGAACCUGACACUCGGAUUUACUGCGACGUCGACUACGAUAUCUUCAAGUUCAUGAGGGACAACGGCAAGAAAUACGGGUUUACCAUCUCCCUUCGUGAAUAUGAUGCGACAAUCAAGACGUUGUGGUCUACUACCAAAGAAUUUAUGGAGAAAAAUCCGGACUUGAUCCACCCAAACAACAUGAUGGACUUCAUAUCUGACGAUGGUGGUGCUUCUUACAACUUAUGCCACUUCUGGUCCAAUUUUGAAGUUGGAUGGCUGGACCUAUGGCGUGGUCCUGCGUAUUCCGCCUAUUUCGACCACCUUGAUCAAGCAGGUGGAUUUUUCUACGAAAGAUGGGGCGAUGCGCCAGUGCAUUCCAUCGGCGCAGCUUUGUUCUUGGAUCGCUCUGAAAUCCACCAUUUCGGCGAUAUUGGGUACUACCAUGUGCCUUUCCACUCUUGUCCUAUCGAAGAAAGCAUCAGAAUUCAAAACCGUUGCAACUGCAACCCAAACGACGAUUUUACUUGGAAGGGUUAUUCAUGCACUUCCAAAUUCUACACGGUUAGCAAGACAGAAAAACCCAAAGGCUGGCAGAAAUAUGCUGAUUAA